GCGGCGCGCAGGGGCCGCGGCUGAGGCCGCCGUACGGCGCCGCCAUGGAGCCGCUGCUGGCGCUGCUGGGCGCGCUGCGGCUCGCCCUGGACCUGCUGCUGCUGCUGCUCGACAUCAACUUCUUGCUCGUGUCCUCGCUGGUGUCGGCGCUGCUGUGGCUGCUGGCCGCGGCCUGCGCGCUGCCCGCCGCCGCCUCCGCGGCCGCUCUGGCCUGCUGGGACGGGCUGCUGGGCGCGCUGGCCCGGGCGGGCUGCGGGCUGGCCGGGCUGCUGCGCGGCUGCUGCUGCGGCGGCCUGGAGGGGCUGAAGCUGGCCGGGCACCUGCUGUCGCACCUCGCGCUGCGGGGCAGGGAGCUGCUGGCGCGGGGGCUGUGCGGGCUGCUGGGCUGCGGCCAGGCCGUGGGCAGGCAGCUGGGCGAGGGGCUGGCCAUCGGCACCAGCCUGCUGGCCUACCUGCUCAACAGCCUGCUCAACGUCUGCCUCAUCGGCACGCAGAACCUCCUGGCGCUGCUGGCGGCCCUCUGGGACUCGGUGGCCGGCCCCUUCCUGAGGGCCACGGACCUGCUGGCUGCAUUCCUGGCGCACGUCUCCAGUGGCGCCAUCGCCGUGCCCAUCCUGCUGUGGUCCCCCUGCCAGCUGGCCUUCCGGCUCCUGGCCUCUGCCGCCGAGCUCUUCGUCAGCAUCUUCUUCGUCAACAUCUACGGCCUGGGCUUGCUCCUGCUCAUCAUCGCUGUGGGAGCCUUUGUGCUCAACCCCGGGCUGCUGCGGGCGCUGACGGGCCAGGCACUGGCCUACCUGAACACGCUGCCUUCCUACCACCGCCUGCAGCGGGAUGUCUGGCGGCUCUACCAGGUGGCGGUGCUGACACUGGGCAUGGCCAUGACCUCCCAGGCCUGGCGGCGCGUGGUGGACUGGAGUCUGCAGGUGACCAACUGGAGCCGAGGGGGCAGAGCAGUGAGCAACCAGCGAGGAGCGGCUGUGCCUGGCCUGAGGCUCCCCGCAGCCCCUGGCGGGGUGACGCUGGCGGGGGCUGGCCCGCUGCCAGCCACGCACGAGGAGCUGCUGGACGUGGAGCGGGUCCCGCAGGCACGUCCUGCUCUGAGCCGAAGUGCCGUGGCAGGGCAGCGUCUCCAGAUGCCCAGGGAGGAACCCAGCAGCUCCCGGGGUAAAGCUCCGAGGAGGCAGCUGCUGAACACAGCAGCUGGGGAUGCUGAGGGCACUCCGGAUAACGACCCCUGGAUGCUCCUGAAAGAACAAGAGGAACGGAAGAAGUGUGUCAUCUGUCAAGACCAAACCAAGACAGUCCUGCUGCUGCCCUGCAGGCACCUGUGCCUGUGCCAGGAGUGCACGGAAGUCCUGCUGCAGCAGGCCAUCUACCAGCGCAACUGCCCUCUCUGCCGCCAGAUGAUCCUCCAGACACUCAACGUCUACUUGUGAGCCUGAGGGGUGGGGAACUCGGGUCAUUUUCCCAGAAGGUCACAGGCACCCCUGGCUGCAUCUUGCCGGGAAGCAGAACUUCCCAAGGCUGCCUUGAGCAGCUUCCAAAGAACUGCGGAUGGUGCUGAAAGGGCAAAAGGCUGGUGGGGGUGUCUGCUGGCCACAUUUGCUACCUAAUUAGGUUGUAGCUCUUGCUAGCAAACACAGUCACUGAUCUCUGCAGCAAGCUGAAAGAGUUACCUCCCUUCGUCUGUUUAAAGGGACUGUUGCCUCGAGCCUGCAGCAGUCUGAGAUCCAGAGCAGAGUGCAUAAAGGUGCUGUGGUCCAAAGCUGAUAUAAACACUGUGCCCUCCUGCUAAUCAGAAGGGCAGAUGCAAGACAAAGGAGAGUUUUUCCUAAGGUCUGACCAGAAGGGUACCUGGCAGACUGCAUUCAGGCCUCUUGUUUCCUCCUCCCACCAUCUAAGCUGAGAAGUUCCAUGGGAAGUCAGAAGCAUGCCCCUUUUGCAAGGCCCCAAGAGAGAGCAAUUAGCUUUUAGGCUGUGUUACCAGAGGGCUGAGCCUAGCUCUCUGCUGGAGAAAAGCAAGGUUUCUGGGGUACUUGAGUAAUGACAGCCCCCUUUGGUUUUAGAGUUUCCCAUUGGCCUUGGCAGGACAAGGAGGAGCCAUGAGGAAUGCAGGCUCAGAGCUGCUUCCACAAUCACCUAUGCAAGACAAAGCAAAGCACACGUUGGGUCACUUGCAGGAGAAGGCUGGGGAAGUUCCUCAUUCUGCUGGGGUGGCUGUGUUCCUUGGGGAGUCUGAAGGGUGGCCAGCCAAUGCCUCCAGCUCAGCAGCAACACACAUCUGAGCCUGUGCUGGAGAAUCUCUCAAGAUAAGAGGCAUUUUCUUCUGGCUCAGGGUGGAACUGGGUGGUUCACACCAGUGCUUGCUGCUUCACAGGCCAAGCUGGCUAGAGGGUAUAAGUCUUUGGGAGGAAAGGGGACACCCCAAAGCUCCUGGGAGCCCACUGAGACAUUCCAGCUCCAGGCACAAGUUCUGCAAAUCCUGGAGAUGGGCAGCUGUGCACAGGGAGCAGUACAAGGACCAUGGCUGUCUUGGUUUAGGGCAGGUUUACACCUUUGUUCUGUUUUACUGUCUGUUAGAAGUGUAAGUAGUUUGAUUUCUCCUGAAACCUGAGGACAGCAUCCAGUCCUGACUGAGGAGACCUGAGGUGGCUCAUCCCAGCUUGGGCAACCAGCAAGGUUCCAAAAAAACCACUGGGCUGCAAGAGGGCCUUGUGUUAAAAGCUUUUCCUCUUCCUGCUGCUUGCCUGAGGUCGGCCACGUGCCACAGCCAAUUUUGGCUGGAGCCAGACUGGAAAGAGUCUGGACUCCUGGACUGCAAGCCAAGAGCCUGAGGGCAGCUGGCAUGGCCUGCCUUCUCUGUUCUCCUUCUUGAUUAGCGAUUGCAGCCAAAACAGAGGCAGCAGAGAGGCCGGGCUGUGCUGGGAGGUGCCUUUGCACUGCAAGCCUGAGCAGGGGGAAGAUGCUAUCUUGUGGGAGAGUGGCUUUUCUCUGGGAGGUGCUGCAGGGUUCAGCAAUACCCACCUUUGCUGGGGGCUGGAGGGACUCCCCAGGCCACACUAGGCUCCUGAACAUUAAGGGAUGCUAGAACGGCUUGUCCUCAUGGCUUCCAGUCCUCCCACUUCACGUGGCAGGUGCCAGGUUCCCUGCUCACCCCACUUGUGUUCACUCUCUCAUGACUGCAACCACCACACAUACAGCAGUGGCAAGUGCAGCUCCCCAGGCUCCAGCUUGGCCCAUGCAUUCACAGGGCUCCCCUCCAGCUCAUGGCUUUUGGGGUGCAGUGUUUCCUAUCCUAAUUACAGGAGGACAUCUCCCCAGGACUGUAGGGUUUUUUAAAUUGUUGUAGCCACACAUUGUUUUAGGGCCUGUUUGUUUGCUGCCUGUUUAUAUAGAAAAAAAGAAGAGAAAGCUUUGCCUUAACUCUUUGCACUAUGGAUUAGAAACUGAGCAGAUUAAAGUCUCCUUUGCCAAAA